GAAGAAGGUACGCCGCGCGUUUCCAUUCGACAGUCAGUUCAUUCGUUCAUGGAACACUGAACAGUGAAGUGUGAAAACUUGUGCGCUCUUACGAGUUUACGGCAAUUGCAAGAGAAAGUUCUAUUAAAAGUUAAGUUAAACUAGAAAGAAAUUGGAAAUUAGCGACCGGAAGAAUAUAACAGAGAGUCAUGGAAUAUCAGAUCUUACCGUCGCCGCCUGCAACUCCUCCCCUGGGGGAUAUUAAUAUAUCGGAAAAGCAAAAUAAAAUGAUUUUAUCGCAAUGCAUGAAAGCUGAUCACAUCCCAAUCAAAGGUGUCAUCACUCCAAACCCGUCCGACUCCGAAGAUGACAUUGAGCCACCAUCAUGCAAACGUGCCAGACUUUCUACGCCUGAACAAUUUGGACUAGUGCAACCAUCGCUCACUCCACCACCCGAAAGCAUGAUCAACGACGUCGUCUUAUCUGCACGUAGUGAUAUUCAAGAAAUCACAAAGGAUCACAUGAAUUAUAUCGACAGUCGAGAUUAUCAACAAAUCCAGCAGCAACCACAACAACCAGUACGAGCGAGUGUUAUUAUGCAUGCAAGCCGCAAUGGAAUCCAUCCCGUCCUAUCAGAAGAUAACUCACAGUCAUCUGAAGCACUGAAUGAAUCCCAAUACGAUUCAGUGAAUGUUUUCAGACAAGUUAAAUUCAAAAUGGGACGAACCAGCCCCAGUAGCCCUGUAAAAGUGGAACACGCCGAAACCACAUCUGAGAUUGUGAGAGUAGAACCUGCACCACAAAUCCAUCAAAAUACAAACCGGACUCAAGGUGAACUACAACAUACCCGUGAUCAAACUCCUCCCCAACAAGCCGAGAAAACCUACACAACAUUAGAGUCACCAAAGCCAAAGGAAUCGGCCAUUGGAGCCCCGAAAAAGACUUAUCCAAUGAUUGCACCAAAAAAUGUCUACUGUAUAACGGCAGCAAAGCCCCCUUCAAACAUCAUUCCUGCCCAGUUCGUCCUGAUUAAUUCAACUGCUGGACCAAUUCCUGCUUUCGCUCAGCCUACACCCCAGCCACAACCCAAACAACAGACGCAACAGGAACGAAGACGGGUCUAUGAAUGCCAACAUCCAAAUUGCGGAAAGAAUUAUUUCAAAUCAAGCCAUCUCAAGGCUCAUCAGCGUGUUCAUACUGGUGAGCGACCAUUUAUUUGCAAAUGGGAGAACUGUGAUAGGAGAUUCUCACGAUCGGACGAGCUAUCCCGGCACAAACGAACUCAUACUGGCGAAAAGAAAUUCAUUUGUCACGUAUGCCAGAAGAAGUUCAUGCGAAGUGACCACCUUUCGAAACAUGUAAAACGUCACGGAAAAGAUAAGACAGGUUCGGUGCAAAACGGGAACUCCAUAAUACACCUUCGCCCGAUUGUUCCAGCCCCGGUGCAAGUACAUAUCUGCAAUGAUCAAUCGUUCGCGUUGCAAGUUCAGAAUCUUGUCUAAACUGCAAUGAUCCCAAAUGGAUGGAACAGGCUUGAAGAAGGAAGCAAACAAGAUGUUUUUUUGAAGGUUGAAGACUAUUUGGUUUUUGUUCAUACUUUGAAGCUACAUUUAUCUACUUUUAUUCAUUAUAAUUUUUGAAAUAAUGAUUCAACAGGAAUUUACUUCCUUCUCCAAAUUCCCACCUACUUUGCUUUCAAAACAUGUUUAUAGUCCUUCAGUGUGGGAUCCUAUCAUUCCAAAAAAUUAAAGAAAUAACUUAAAGUACCAUUAAUUUAAAUGACUCCUUUGAAACAAGUGUAAUUCUUAAAUAUGUGCGUCUAAAGAUUCAUUAUUGGAGUUAUGUUUUCUAUCUGUGAUAAAAAUGUUUAGGUUUAGUAAUUAUUUAUUGUCAUAAGAAAACAAAUAUCUAUAUAUUUAGCAAUAAACAUAAUCCAAAAGAUAUAUUUACUAUAAA